AUGGCAGUUUCAACAAUUGAGUGGGCAGAUGGCAGAAUUCGGAUGAUUGACCAGACGCUGUUGCCCAACGAAUUUAAGUACAUUUAUUGUGAUGAUCUCCCCUCAACUUGGGAGGCAAUUAAAUCCCUGCGUGUCCGAGGCGCGCCCGCUAUCGGAAUCGCUGGGGCAUUGGGCGCAGUACUCGGAAUUUGGAAUUCCGCCGCGAAAACCUAUGAGGCAUUCGCCGCUGAACUCAAAUCCGCUGCUGAUUAUCUCGUUGAUAGAAUCUCCCGCACUGCGGAAGAAAAUAGAUGCCUCCAAAUUCCUGAACUCAAAGAGGUGCUGCUCGCUGAGGCUUUGGAGAUUAUCGCUGAGGAUAAGGCGAUGUGCCGGGCUAUCGGACAACACGGCAUGGCGUUGCUGAACGAAAAUGACACCAUUUUGACGCACUGCAACGCUGGCGGAUUAGCCACAUCCGACUAUGGUACGGCGUUGGCUGUGAUGUUUAGCGCACACAAAGCCGGUAAGCAGAUCCAAGUUUACGCCGAUGAGACGCGUCCCCUGUUACAGGGCGCACGCCUCACGACUUGGGAACUCAUGCAAGCAGGUAUUGAUGUAACCCUUAUCUGUGAUAACAUGGCGGCACAGGUCAUGAAAGAGGGCAAAAUCCAAUGCGUUAUUGUCGGUGCCGAUCGGAUUGCUGCGAAUGGCGACACUGCUAACAAAAUCGGUACCUAUAAUGUCGCUAUCCUCGCAGAAGCACACGGCAUCCCCUUUUAUGUUGCUGCGCCAACUUCAACGCUGGACUUUGCCCUUGAAACCGGUGCGGAGAUUCCUAUUGAGCAGCGGGCGGCGGAAGAGGUAACAAAGGGCUUCGGAAAAUUAACCGCGCCUGAAGGUGUGAAAGUCUAUAGCCCCGCAUUUGAUGUCACACCUGCAGCGUUAGUCACAGCGAUUAUUACCGAAAAAGGCAUAGCACGCGCCCCUUACACGGAGAACCUGAAUGCUUUACGAGAUUCGUAA